AUAUACAUAAUUAACUAAACAUCCAGACCAAUGCCUAACCAAUCUCUGACGUUGGCUGAGAGUAUCAAGAAUAUUCCUCCUGUUACCAGGUUCUUUACAAUUACUACUGUUAUAGUAUGUUUUGCCAAUUCAUUAAAAAUUAUUCAACCUCAAGAUUUAAUAUGUUAUUUACCAUUAUUAUUAGAUAAAUUAUAUCAAGUUAAUUUUAUAGUUCAUAAAGGUAAUUAUUAUCAAAUAGUUACUUCGAUUAUUUGGUUAUUAUUUCAAAGUUAUAGGUUUUUUACUGCCUUUUUAUUACCUUAUGGAUUGUUUGUUGAUCAACCAUUCCAAGCAAUUCUUGAUAUUUAUUUCUUUUAUACAUUUGCUAAUCAUUUAGAAAGUCAUCAAGGUAAAUUUAGAAGAAAUUUCCCGGAUUGUCUUUGGUUUACUUUAUUGGCUGGUACAUGUAUAGUAUUAACUACUUUAUUUUAUAAUGCAUUUAUUGAUCCUAAUCAUUUUCCAAUUCAUCAUCAAAUGAUGUUAAGUUGUGUGACAUAUAUUUGGUCAAGAUCUCUGAAAAAUUCAGUAAUUAAUUUCUUAGGUUUAAUUCCAAUUAAAGCAUAUUAUUUACCAUUAUUUAAUUUAUUUUUUAAAUUAAUAGUUAGUGGUUAUCCUUCAUUUUUAGAUACUUCAAUUGGAAUAUUUGGAGGUUAUAUUUAUCAAUGUAUUCAAUCAGAUACUUUACCAAUUUAUAAUUUAUUUCCUGGUGCAUAUGGAUUUAAUUCUAAUUCAAAUAAUCCUGGUAGAAGAGUUGGAACUAUUCAUUUACUUAAUACUGAAGGUAGUUCAGCUGAUUUUAUUGAAGAUUCUAUCUUUGAUAAAGGUUAUUUAAAGGCUCCAAUUUGGUUAUAUAAUUUAUUAAAUUAUCCUACCAAUAAUUCCAAGCGUACUACAGCAUUUUUAGAGAUUGGAACUCGUCCUAAUAAUAAUAAUAAUUCUAGAGGAAUUCCUGUUGGUGGUGGAGGAGGUGCAACUAGUACAGGAGUUAAUGGACAUAAUUCUAAUGCUACGAGACGAAUUAAUCUGUUAGAAGAUUCGCCUCCAGCUCCAACCUAUACAUCAUGGUUUGGAGCAGAACAUGCUUUCCAAGGUAAAGGUCACAGAUUAGGAGAUUAAAUAUAUAUACCUAUAUAUAUAUAUAUGUAUAUCAAACUUACAUAAACACAUACAUAUAUAUAAAUUCAUAUACUAAAUAUAUAAACAUUAACGUCAAAAAAGUAAACAUAAAAUAUAC